ACAUUUAGGGAAAUUAAAUUUAUGCUUUUCUUCCUCUGAUAUCCUUCAUUAAUAAUUAAGAAUUCUUCUUCUUAAAAUUUAGCGAGAGAUUCGGAGUUAUAGUUAUCAAGAUUGAAUAUAGAUUUCUUCUUUCUAUCGUGAGCCUCUAUGGCGCCGCGCUCUCGUUUAUAUAAUAAGAUAUGACUUAGGAUAACUUUUAUUAAAAUGAUGUCGGCUCAACUAUUGGCGCAUUUUUAUGCGAUCUAAUCUUUAAUAGAAUAGAUUAACAACGAAGAGAUCACAUGAAUUUAAUACUCCACACCUUAUCUUAUACGAGUUCUUUCGAAUAAGAAUAAUCACAACUUGGUCACGAUUACAAAUGUAAAUAAAUAAAUAAAAGAACUUGAGGCAAACAUGAACACAAAUCUGGCAAUUUGGACGCCAUGAACCGAACCAUAUAUGACAAUGACAGAUAUAUAUGCUUAUCAAUAUAAUUCAACUUUUCUUGUUCUUAUUUGUACGUAUAUUUUUAUAAAAAAGAAUAAUCUAUUCCAGUUCCAUAACUCCAUUAACACAUUAUUCAAGAGAAAAGAAAUCAGCCAAUCACUCUUCUUGUCUAUAUAUAUUUAGUAAAAAAAUCACAAUUAACUACUUUGUUCUUCUUCCGCUUAGAUCCACCUCGAACCUCUCUCUCCUCCGCCGUCACAUCCAGCAACUGUCACCGUCGCAAGAACACCUUUCAAAAUGAGAGAGGAAACUCCGAACUGGCUCGUCAGAUGGGAGGAGGAGCUUCCUUCGCCGGAAGAGCUCAUACCCAUCUCUCAAACCUUAAUCACCCCUCACCUAGCUCUUGCCUUCCAAAUAGGAAGCCACAACAAUCACUCCUCACCUAAGAGAACCGUCGCCAUGUACCACCAGAAGCUCCAGCCCGCCGCCACUCCAACUCCAACUAUGAUGAAUUCUGACUUCGCGGUAGACUCAUCAACUGAUCUCGGCUCAGGAGGAGGAGGAGGAGGAGGAGAAGAGCCAGCGAGGACGCUGAAACGGCCGCGUUUAGUAUGGACGCCGCAGCUGCACAAGCGUUUCGUGGACGCGGUUGGUCACUUAGGGAUCAAGAACGCAGUUCCUAAGACGAUAAUGCAGCUUAUGAGCGUUGAAGGGUUAACGAGAGAGAACGUAGCGAGUCAUCUCCAGAAAUAUCGUCUCUACCUAAGGAGAAUGCAAGGCGGGAACGGUAACGGAGUCUCCGGAGGACACGUCAUCGUCUCAGACUCGGCCACUGACCGGCUCUUCGCGAGCUCGCCGGUUCCGGCGCAUUUAUUGAGCCAUGAGUACUUGAUGCCGUCUCCGUUGAUGAACCCUUAUUUAGGGAAACAUGUGGUUACGCAGCAGAACCAUGUGGUUCGUAAUUUGAGGUAUGAAGGUUCAGAGUAUGGUAAUGGAGAUGGUGGUAGGAAGGUUCUUAAGCUCUUCCCUGCUGGAAAUUAAUAAUGAGAUUUGAAUUAUUUAACUUCAAAUCUCUUAUGAAAUUAAUAAAUUUUAAGGUGUGUGGGAUUAUCUUUGUAAUCUGCAUUUUUCGUCAGGUUUUAAUAAUGUAUUGUUCGUGUAUAUUUUUAAGCAAAUGAUAAUUUACUCUUGUUUGUAUGAUGUUAUCAUCAUUUGUAUUCACUAGAAUCAAGUGUUUUUUUUUUACUUUUAA